UGUUCGUAUCUGGUGAUAAAACGGGGUGGUAUGUGAGGAUAUAACCGUUCCCUUAAACUAGGAUCUGAUAGCCGGAUGAUCAGUCCUACCGCAGAGGAAUAUCAGAUCAGGAACAGUUAAAUCAAAGUCCAGCCUAAUAGGUUCAUUACAUACCAGGACAAAAUGGAAACUGCAGAAGAGGAGCAUGGUUCUGAUUUUGAAGAGACGAUGUUCUGUGAACCUUGUAAUAAGGAAGGUAACACUGUUGAAGCAGACGGGUUUUGUUCCAAUUGCUCUGAUUACCUAUGUAGUACAUGUCUGAAGUAUCACACAAGAUUAGCAAAAGAUCACACACUGUUUGAUAAAUCUAGCAUGCCACAGGACUUCUGUUUAGAACGAUGUGUAUUCCAUCCAAAUGACCUGGUAAAAUUCUACUGUACGAAAUGCGACAACACUGCAUGUUCUCAAUGUAUACCAAUUGAACAUCAGACUGAGUGCUCCGAAUUUAAGCAUAUCCCUUCAUAUAUGCAGUUACAAGAUGUAUACAGAGAAUUGAAAGAAGUUAAGAAAUCACUGAAAGCCGUCGAGGAAGAAGCAAGUCGCACUGGAGAUGAGAGUGGUCAAAAAUUGAAAAAAGCAUCCCUUAACUGUAGUGAUAUUUCGAAGUCAAUCAGCCUCCAGAAAAAGUACAUUAAAGACAAAAUUGAAGAGCAACGUAUUGAGAUUUUUAAAGCACUAGACGAUGAAAGGGUCGAAGUUAUCAGGAAGCUUGACGAGAGGCAAGGCCGAAGAAAGGAGCAAUUAUUUGAACAACAGAAACUUAUAAACAGUAAAAUAGAUGACGAAGCGAAUCAUUUGGAUGAGCAAUUAAUGUUAUACCCGAGAAAAAUACAAAACAUUGUGCUAAACAGUGCAAACAUAAGGUCGAAAUUAGAGUUCCUUACCACUGAAUUAGUAAAUAAAGAGAGACAAGGACGAAAAGCAGAACUUUUCGUUGCAACUAAAAGAACUAAGGAAAACAUGAAAACGCUACAAAAAGAUAUAGAUGAUGUGUGUAAAGAGAACAAAGUCAGGUGCUUUACCUUUAGACGAAACACAGAGAACAUCAGUAUAGAUGCUGCGGAAAACGCCACGCUUGGAUCACUUAUCGAAGAAAGCGAACAAGGAGAUAGGGAUACAACCAAUGGUCAGCAAGGAACAUUUAAUUCAGCUAGUUCUACAGACACGCGAAUUUUUGCGCAGAAUAAUAUAGCUGUAGAGGAAGUACAAAGAGAUGUAACAUCUGAGAAAAUCAAAAGACCAGAUGUAUGCGGAAGGGCUGAAGAUCCCGAGUUUGCUAUUCAGCGUGUUGCCACAGCAGUUAAUGCUGCUGGUCAGGCAUAUAUCACAGCCAAGGCAGUGUUCAAAACAUGGCAAGAUAAACAGCAGGAGGUUAAACAAAAACAACAAGAGGCAAGAGCUGCAAUACCAAAAACACAGCCUAAAGGCUGGAAACCAGCUGGUACCCAGUACACCCCUCCAAAGAAAAAUGAGUUCAAACCUCCUCAGUCGGAAUACAAACCCCCACAGUCGGAACGAACUCCAAGAAAAUCUGAUUUCAAAGUCGCUCAAGAUGACUGGAAGUCACAAACAGAUGAUUACAAACCCCCACAAUCAAAUUGGAAGUCUCCAGCCCAAUCUGAACCUGCACCCCCUAAAGAUCAAUGGAAGUCUCCAGCAGAAGUUGGACCAAUGGCACGUCUGCUAGAAAUGGGAUUUUUUGAUACAGAUUUAAACAAGAAACUUCUAACCAAACACAAUGAUAACCUAGAUAAGGUCGUUCAGGAGUUACUGAGCAUGAAAAAUAAGGACUGGUUUAUUUAGACAAUGAGUACAAUUGUUCAAGUAUAACGAAAACAGAAAUACAGUCAAUACUGACUUCUUUAAAGGAUUUAUAACAAAGUUCAAAUAAAGCGGGAGGUUCAAAACAUGUUAUCAUUAGAAAAAAAUCUUUACUAUAGUUUGAUUUCGAGAUCAGCGAUGUUUUUGUACUUUUGAUAAUAGAACGGUCCGUAAUUUUGGUAGUGUUAUUCAGUACGAUUGUGGUUUCAACAGUGCAAAGUAAAUCAUGCUGCUUUCCGUAAUCAGCAGACGAGUCUCUAUAAACUGAAGUCUUAGAAACGUCAAAUUUAAAUCCCGCUGUUAAGCAUUGCCAGUGUGGAAUGUGAAAUGUAUAAAGUGUCCUACAAAAUAUCCUGAAACUUGCUGAUCACCAUUGAUAAAAGAAAAACUUCUAUAUGGCAGUAUAUGAAACUUCAAAAUUUAGCGUUUUUCCAAGAAUCUAGAAUCAUGGUGGAAUUUAAACAACAGGGAAUAAAAGAUCUAGUACUGAAUUAUUUUCACUUACACCUCUGUACUAGUACUGUCAAAAAAAACAAACAUAAAAAACUAUGGAUGUUCAAUGAUACAUUUUGAUACCUGUAGAAUACACUCAAGUGUUAAGUAAUGACAAAUUAUGUGUUUAUUAAAGAUUAAUAACUGUG